AAACCGGUUCGUCAACUCUCGAAACAGCAGUCAGUCAGUCGAUUUCGGUACUCUCUUCGAGUAGGUCUACCGAAAAAAAGAAUCGUGUGCCUAAAUGUUUCUUUAUAUUCAAUAAAAUAAAAGAACAGUGUUGUUCUAGAAUAAAAUUUAUCCUAUAAUAUACUAAUUUUCAAAGGACCCUUUCCAAGUGUUUUUAUAGUGAUUAAAUAUCCCCUAAUAAUAACAAUUUGAAAAUUUUUUUUGUGGUUGCUAACCCCAAAAUUGAGUUUAGUGGAAAAAAAAUUUUUUUUUUCAAGUGCUUAAAGUUUCAUAAAUCAAGUGCAAAAUGUUGAGUUCACAUCAACAACAUCCAGCUUAUGGAUUUCUAUCUGGCAUGGAUCUCAAUUCGAUGCAUCAUGUAUCGCAAGAGAUGUCUCAUGGUGCAGUUGCAGCGGCAGUUCAUCAACAGCAACAACAACAACAACAUCACCAUCAUCAUCAUCAAUCGACAGUUUCAUCUCAGGAGCAACACAUUAAACGUCCCAUGAAUGCAUUUAUGGUAUGGUCACGUAUUCAAAGGAAAAAAAUUGCCCUCGACAAUCCUAAGAUGCAUAAUUCAGAAAUUUCAAAACGUCUUGGUGCCGAAUGGAAACUUCUCACUGAAUCAGAGAAACGACCAUUUAUUGAUGAGGCAAAAAGAUUACGUGCAAUGCACAUGAAGGAGCAUCCUGAUUAUAAAUAUCGACCAAGACGAAAACCAAAAGUUCCAAUGUCAGUUGUACCCGGCGGUAAAUCAGGUGCAAUGAAUCCUGGUGGUUUUCCCAGUUUUCCAUUGCCACCAUAUUUUGCCAGUCCAGCAUCGGCUGUCUCUCAUCAUCAUCAUCCACAUCAUGCACCACAUCCACUUGAAUAUCCACCGCUUUCUGGUUAUUUUGGAUCUGCUUUUGAUGCUGUUCAUUUGGGUAAACUUGUAUCCGGCGGUGUACAUCCAAAUUCAGCGAGUCAAGCUGCUGCCGAUGCAGCAAAUAAUAAUGCAUCGGCCGCUGCUGUUGUGAGUAGUUUUUAUUCAUCAUUUUAUCCGCCAACAACAACAACCGCUGGUAAAACACCAUAUGGACAUAGUCCAGCAUCACAUCUUAAUCCAUUAUUCACAAGUGCUGCACAUCAUCAUUCAGUUAAUAAUACAAGUGCAUCAUCGUUGAUGUUCUCUAAUUCAGCUGUCAAUAAUGGUAUGUCUGGACUUGGUAAUUCCAGUAGUCCUGGAAGUAGUCCUAGUUCAACGCCAAUUUCUUCAUCACAUGCCUCAUCAACGCCCACACCAUCAUUGGAUCUUGAUCAACUUCGACGACCUGUCUCUGUCAUCUUUUAGAAAAUUGCAUAUUUCUUCAACUUUUUCUUCUUCGUCUUUGUUCUUCAAAGUGAUGAUGAGCGAUAUUGUAAAGACUGUUGUUUUGUAUUUAUUAGUCUUGUUGUAGGAUUACGAGUUUUUGAGUUCAUUGGGACUACUUAAUAGGGUAUGUGUGUAUGUAAGAGAGAUAGAGAGAGACAGACAAAAAAUAAUGUACAGGGUAUGCAUUUUAUCAUUUGUACUGCUGAAAAAAGGAAUCUUAUUUUUUAUCCUUUAUUUAUUAACAGCUGUCAACGAUUGUAAUUAAAAAUUUUUUUUUUUUGUCAGCACUAAAUAAAUUCUUGUAAUUUUUUAUUAUUUCAAAUUUGUAAAACAUUUUAAACUAUUAUAUAUUAUUUAAAAUUUAAAUUUAAUUUAUAAAAAUUAAGACAAUUUGUGUUUUAUCUUCGAUUUUCUCUUCUCGUGAGACAAGAUUUAUAAAGAAAAAUGUGUUUGUAUUUUGCCCUUAAAGUGGCUUCCCAUUAACUGUGAUUUUGUUAAUAUGUAAGCACGCGACGUAAGUUAAUUGACUUAUAGUGAUAGUGAAAUGAAUUGCAAGAAAAAACGCGUGUAUGUCUGUAUAAAGUAUAUAUAUAGCAUAUAUUAUUGUUUAUGUGCUACAUGUGUGUAUAACUAUAGACGUUAUUAGAUUUCAUUUAAAUAUUCAUGCAAAAAAAGAAAAUGAUUCAUCUCAAUUUUCUAUAUAAAAGCAGUAAAAAUUUAUCUAAAGGAGCAAAAAAAAAAAAAAAAAAAGAAUUUUGCUACUUUAGAGAAAUAGUUACCUACUUUAGAGAAACAUUUUAACUAUUCUAGGUAAAUCUAUUUCUUUUUUCUAUUCGAUUUUACUGCACUGCCAUUUAAUGAGGAAUAUCGAAUUUAAUUAAAUUUAUAAAUAUUUAUUGACGCUUUUUCUAUUUUAUAAAUAUAUAUUUAUUUUUU